GAUUUUGGUGGGUGGAGGCAGGGGAGUGGAAAAGGAAGGGGAAGGAGAGACUUUUGGUAUUGCUUUGCCACGGUUUGCUCAGCUCACAUCUCUCUCUGCUAGCUGGCUUCCUGUUUGUUUCUCUUCUUCUUUUUGCUUUUUUUUGCUGAGGUAGUUGGGGUUAAUUGACUUGCCCAUGGUCAUACAACCAGGAAUUAUUAAGUGUCUGAGGCUGGAUUUGAACUCAGAUCCUCUUGACUUCAAGGCUGGUGCUCUAUCCACUGAGCCAUCUCCUCUCCUUCCUCUUCUUCUUUUUGCUUUUUGCUAAGGCAGUUGGGGUUAAGUGACUUGCCCAUGAUCACACAACCAGGAAUUGUUAAGUGUCUGAGGCUGGAUUUGGACUCAGGUCCUCCUGACUUCAGGGCUGGUGCUCUACCCACUGAGCCAUCUCCUCCCCCUUGUUUCUCUUCUUUGUUUUUUGCUUUUUGCUGAGGCAGUUGGGGUUAAGUGGCUUGCCCAUGGUCACCAGGAAUUGUUAAGCGUCUGAGGCUGGAUUUGAACUCAGGUCUUCCUGACUUCAGGGCUGGUGCUCUACCCACUGAGCCAUCUCCUCCCCUUCUUCUUUUUGCUUUUGCUGCUUUUGACAACUUUUCUGUUUGUUUUCUCUUCUUCUUUUUGCUUUUUUUAGCUCCCUUAACCUGAGUUCCUGACUCCGGCUGAUUUUAAAUACGCGAUCAUUACACACUACCUAGCUGCCCCUUUUUUUGUUUGUUUUUGUAUCUAAGGUCAGAUUUGAAUUCAAGUUUUAGGGCCCCAGCAAUUCUCAGUCAUUUCAUUGAGAAUAGUGACAAAUAGGAGGAUAUAAGUAUCUCAGGGAGAAUGCAAGUUCUUAAGAAACAGAUAUUAUACAAAAAGUCUUUGUAGACCUAGAACUUGGCUUCAGUGCUUUAUACAUGGUGUAAGAAAAGGAACUGAAUCUGGAGAUUAGUUGUUAUAGGAAACUCUCAAGUGAAGAAACUUAUUGCCACCUUCUCCACAACAUAUAGAGUUAUGAGUUGCUUAGGAUCCUGAGAAGUUAAGUCUUAUCCAAGGUCACAGAAUAAGUAUACAUCAGAUGCAUAAUUUGAACCUGAGUCUUCAUGGCUACAAGCCAAUUCUGCCCAUCAUAUAUCAUCAUAUAGUAGGUUUGGAUUGGAUUAACUAAAUCUACCUUGGUAGAGAAAUUUCCUACAUUGAUGAAAUGAUCCUUGAAGUAUUUUUAAAUAGUAUAAAAUUGUCCACAGUAAAGAAAUCUCAUUGAGUUGAAGUUUGAUUGCUCUUCACCUUAUUGGUGUGGCUCAAUAGUAUUGUGAAAAAAGACCUGGAGUCAGGAAGAAUUCACAUUCAGCCUCAGACACUUACUCUUUGGAUAAAUCACUUAAACUUGUUUGCCUCAGUUUCUUCAUCUAUAAAGUGAGUUGGAAAACAAAAUGGCAAACCACUCCAAUAUUUUUGCCAAGAAAACUCCAAAUGGGAUCACAAAGAAUAGAAUACACCGAAAUGACUGAAUAAUAACAACAAACAAAAAUGUCUCACCUGGCAUCAGGAGGGAAUAAGGUGAGCCUUAAAAAAUGGGGAGGAGCACAUGCUUCCCAACAGAGUUCCCUAAAGAGUUGGUUCCUUCUUACCAAUCAGAUCCUGCAAGAGCCUAUAAACUGCACCCCCAACAUAGGAGGAGUUAUUGGGGCAUAGUUCAUUCAAGCAAUCAGGACAAGGCUUCUAAGGAAAAAUGAAAAUAAGUCAUUCACUGCUGCCAGAAUUGUUCUCUGAAUCUGCCAAGCCUGACAAGCAGGGGCUCUCAUGGACUGCUGAAAUCCUAUACCUUAGGUCAAAGUGGAGCUAGAUGUAUGAGAGCUAGAUAGAAAUUUAGAACAUGGAAAUUUAAAAGCUAUAAGGGAUGUCAAUUCACUUAUUCAACCUAUUCAUAAUUAGAAUAUAGAAAUUAAAUAAAGAAAUUAAGACCUGACCAAGAUUAUACAGCUAGUAUGGGAGAGCCAGGAACUAGGACCCAGAUCUUCAAUCUAAUAAUUUAGCAGAAUCUGAAGUUUAUUGUCCUCCAGAGCAUACUUAAGUACAUUUCAGCACGGAUCCACCAGCAAUUCUGUCAUAGUCACAAGUUCCUGCCCAUGUAUCUCUCAAGAAUCAAGUCUUCCUAGCACAUUCAAGUUGCCAAUGGAAGAGGCUGGGAGAUUUCCAUUGCUGACCUAUUCAAGUGAUGUUAAGUUACCAAAAUGACCCUCUUGCCUGGAGAGAACUCAGAUUAUGACUACAGUGCCCUGAGCUGCACUUCUGAUGCUUCCUUCAAUCAUCAGCAUGCAUUCUUUCCUCGGUCUGAGUCCCUCAAGGGUGUGUUUUACCGCAGAGCCAAGAGACUUCACCCCAAAGACAAUGCCCACCAAAGCAGCCAACCUGAAGACCGAAAGAGACAGAUCAUUAUUAAUGUGGGGGGAAUCAAGUACCUGCUGCCAUGGACUACUCUGGAUGAGUUUCCUCUUACUCGUCUGGGCCAGCUGAAAUCUUGCACCAACUUUGAUGACAUCCUCAAUGUCUGUGAUGAUUAUGAUGUGACCUGCAACGAGUUCUUCUUUGACCGCAACCCUGGGGCCUUUCGGACAAUCUUGACCUUCCUCCGGGUGGGGAAGCUCCGGCUGCUCAGGGAGAUGUGCGCCCUUUCAUUCCAGGAGGAGCUCCUCUACUGGGGCAUCGAGGAGGACAACCUGGAUUGGUGUUGCCGGCGGAGAUACCUGCAGAAGAUCGAGGAGUUCGCAGAGAUGAAUGAGAGGGAGGAUGAUCUCCUGGAGAGCGAGAGUCCUGGGGAGAUGGCCGAGGAGACCGGGCUGGGCCAGUGCAUGAAGAGGCUGCAGGACAUGGUAGAGAGACCUCAUUCAGGGCUGCCAGGGAAGGUGUUUGCCUGUCUGUCUGUGCUGUUUGUAACCAUCACUGCAGUGAAUCUGUCUAUCAGCACCAUGCCCAGCUUGAGAGAAGAGGAAGAACAAGGUGAAUGCUCCCAGAUGUGCUACAACAUCUUCAUUGUGGAGUCAGUAUGCGUGGGCUGGUUCUCCCUUGAGUUCCUGCUGAGGUUCAUCCAGGCUCCCAGCAAGUUUGCCUUUCUCCGGAGCCCACUGACUCUGAUUGACAUAAUCGCUAUCCUUCCCUAUUAUAUUACUCUGGUGGUGGAUAGCACAUCUGUGGGUCAAAAAAAACCUAGCUCUGGAAACAGCUAUCUGGACAAGGUGGGCCUGGUGCUCCGUAUCCUGCGGGCCUUGAGGAUCUUAUAUGUCAUGAGGCUGGCGAGACACUCUUUGGGCCUGCAGACACUUGGGCUCACAGCCCGACGGUGCACCCGGGAAUUUGGGCUCUUGCUGCUGUUCCUUUGCGUGGCCAUUGCCCUGUUUGCCCCAUUACUUUAUGUCAUUGAGAACGAGAUGGCUGAUAGCCAAGAAUUCAGCAGCAUUCCAGCUUGCUACUGGUGGGCUGUCAUCACCAUGACCACAGUGGGUUACGGUGACAUGGUACCCAGAAGCACCCCUGGCCAGGUGGUAGCCCUGAGCAGCAUACUUAGUGGCAUCCUUCUUAUGGCAUUCCCUGUGACCUCCAUCUUCCAUACAUUCUCCCGCUCCUACCUGGAGCUGAAGCAGGAACAGGAAAGGGUCAUGUACAGGAGGGCACAAUUCCUGAUCAAAACCAAGUCACAGUUAAGUAACAUGUCACAGAACAGCAACGUUUUAUUUGGCAGCACCUCCUCAGACACUAGAAACAACAAUUGAAAUUAGACAAUUCCGAAUUCCCUCUGGUGUGACACUUAAGUGGCCUUGGCAGUGAGGUCUCCCCAAAGAUCACCCUGAUAUCUGUGACUACUCAACAGUGGGUAUUCAUCCUACAGAGACAAGAGCGAAAAGGAGUGUUAUAUAUGGAGCACAUAGCCAUAGAUGGUCCCUAUAUUUUGCCACAAUCAAUAGGUUCAUGUCCAUCAAUAAAGAAAUGUUUUCUUCCUUUUUUAGCCCACAUAAAAAUAAUUUGCCUAUUGAAACUAAUGUCCCUAUGGAUGUUUAUACAUGAUAUCAUUUUCAAGAAAAGUACAUCUGCUUUUAGGUUGUAGUAUCCACUAUUAAAGAAAUCUAAGACAAAAAUAAAAAAGAAAAGAAUUCUUUCUGCAUUUGUAGAGUUAACCAAUAUCCAGAAAAGAUACCUUUUAGAAAAAGUAAAGAAUGUACAGAUGUAACUCUAUAAAACAUGUCAGCUCAAUCAGUGUUAUAAGGGGAAAUGCAUUGCCCAGUAAAAAUGUUUUAAAUGUUGGAUUUACCAAAUAGCAUUUAUGGCAAGGUUUGGAUGGGACUUAGUAAUGGCACUAAAUUUCAUUACAAAAUGAUGUUGAUUGGGGCAAAGUUACAUGGGAGUAUUCCUUAUAUCACUAACUAAAUAGUAUUUUAUUUCAAUCUUAUUUAGCUUACUAAGGGUCUGUAUACAGCAAACAGCCUACAAAAGAGAUAGUGGUGACCAUGAAAGAAUCAGAGUUUCUAACCUGGAAAAGGCCUCAGAGAUAAUUUAGAAACUGGGCUCAUCCUUAAACCAGAAUGCCAAUCUAUAACAUCCCUGAACAAUAUUCUUCCAGCCUCUGCUUGAACACUGCACAGUAAUGGAGAGCUCAUUACUUCCCUAGAUAGCUCAACCCAUUCUGGAUUAAGAGGCAAAUUCUUUGUUAAACUGAGUCAUGCAUAAUCUACUUCUUUGUACUAUCUUCUUAUUGUUCCCAUUUCUCCCCUCUGGGGCCAGGAAGGAAAAAAAAGUUAACAUAUUUUUCCCAUAGUAACCUUUCAGAUACCGAAAGACAGCAAUUUAUCCAGAAACUCUCUUCUCCAGACUAACUAGCUUCAGUCUACUAAUUAACUUCACAACCCAGUCACAACCUUCCUUUCCAACCUUAUUAAACAUUACUUUCCUUCAUGAAAUUUAUGAUCCAGUCAAACAGGCUUUCCUUUUAUUCUUCACAUAGAAUACUUAAUCUCUCAUCUCUAUGCCAUGGCAUUGGUUGCGCCCUGUGCUUAAAGUUUACUCCCUUCUCAUCUCUUGUCUUGAAAGUUCAGUUCAAAAGCCUCCUUUUACAUGAAGCCUGUCCUGAUCUUCCCAGUCACUACUGCCCUCCCCCUCAAAAUAACUUGUUACAUAUUUUCUAACUGUUUUGCAAAUAAAUAUGUACAUUGUCUCUUCAAUAAAACGUAAGCUACCUGAAGUCAGGGACUAUUCCACCUUUGUCUUUGUAGCCUUAGUGUUUAUCACAGUGCCUGACACAUAGAAGAAAGUGCUUAAAAGGUGCUUCUUGAUUGACUGGCAUGCUUUCUAAUUACUGCACUAUCCUGGUCUUUCUUCUCUGGAAGAGUUUAUAUGAUUAUUGUACUCGAGUUUUGUCAAUAUCCUUUCCAAAAUGUAAUAUCUAGACCUGAACAUAAAACUCCAAGCAAAGACUGACCAAAACAGAGAAUUAUCAUCUUUCUUGGACUUGUAUUAACAGCAUCUCAGCACCUUCAUCUGAUAAAGAAUCUGGUAUCCUACCCCUACUUUGACAUCAGAUACAUGGCCAUUAUACUUUUCUUAGAUUCCUUUUUUUUCUGAAAUAGCUUUCUUUUUUUCUUCUUCCUACUCUUUUGACCCUUUUCUUUUUCUUCUUUCAUCUUCCUUACAUCCUUUUUGUUCCCUUUUCCCCAGCCCAGUAGAUUAGGGUUUGUCUACCAAUGGUCAUCGUAAGAAAUGCAUAACACUCAAGACCAAAGAGAUGAGGUUACAAAUCAUGUCAAAGCCUUCUUAAGAACCCUGAUAGUAAGGUAUAGUUAAUGUGCAAGUUGGGAAGAAAAUUUCAAUCAAGAAAUAUUAAGAUAUUAAUACAUGCUAGCCAUAUGUUAGGCAUUAUACUGGGACCUGGGGAUACAGAAUACACAAUGAAAUACUCUACGCUCAGAGAGCUUAUGUUCUAUAGGGAAGACAACAUAAAAUAUACACAAAAUAUAUAAAAGAGAUUCCAACAAGAAGGGCCUCCUCUAGGAGGUGACAUUUGAGCUGAGCUUUUAAAGAAAUUAGGUAUUUUAUAAUGUUUAUAGGAUCUAAAACAGAAAGGAAUUUUUUGAGCUUAUCCAAUCCAAGUCCAUCAUUUCACAGAGGAAACAGGUCUAGAAAUGCUUCAUGAUUUGCCCAAGGACAGAUCAACGAUCAGAGCUGACAUCUCCAGUUCCUCUAAACUCUAAAAUGUUAUUUCUAACACAUCAUUCUUUUUGAUUUAAUGAAAAGAGCACCCAGCACUUGAAGUCAAGAAAUCUGGAGCUCUACUCCUACUCUGACACUGGUUAUAUGGCCACUACCCUUUAGUGAGAUUCAUUUUCCUAAUCUAUAAAAUGGAAAUCCUAAUAUCAGUUUUAGAGUUGAAAGAGACUUUGAAAAUCAUCUCUCAUUACUUUAAAGGUGAAGAAAUUGAGGCCCAGAAAGUCCUAAGUCACACAAGUAGCAAGAGUCCAAGGCAAAAUAAAACUCAAUUCUCUUUUGACUUCAGAUCUGGCACUCUGGCAAUCACACUACAAAAUAUUCCUACUACUUCUCUCACAGAAUUAUAAACCUUAAGGAGCUAUUUUAAAAACAGGAGUGGUUUUCCACUACCACCAACAGUACAAAGGUGAAACAGAAACCAGAAAGGGAGAAUUAGUUACUCUAUUCUUCAGUCCUAUUGGACUGGAUUAGCCACGUCUUUGGUCUGACAUUAAGAUGUCAUCUCCCUUUGGGGAAGCCAAAAUUACCAUGGCCAGGUACAAGUGAUGCAAAAAGGAAAUAUCACCUGAGUCACAAGGGACUCAUUUAAGUUUCCCAUGACACAAAGCUUCCAGUGACUCACAGCUGAAAAGUAAGUUUUCCGACUAAUUAGCCUUGCCUUUAGCAGGUGUCAGAAUGAUAGAGAAUUACCAUGAUGAUAAUAAUAAUACUUCAGAUUUACCGAGCUGCUUGGGGUGUUUUUUCCUCCCAAGAGCUUAAAGAAGCUUUGAAAGAUGGGAAGACAAUUAAAAAUGUUAAAUAGAAAUGUGACAGGGAAGAAAAAAAUGGAAACUUAAUGAUACUCACAAAAAGUUGUUUUUUGUGUGUGUGAUGGAAAAGGGAAUGUAGAUUUAGACAGCAGGAUGUAGUGAAAGAUUUCUUUCUAGAUCCCAUGUCCAGCGCUACUUUUGUGAGCUUAGACAAGUCAUUUAACCUACAAGGACUCACUUCCCUCACCUGCAAAAUUACUGGUUUGGACUGCCUCUUCCAGCUUGAAAUCCUGUGGCAUCCUCUAGGAGGUGGCAAGGAGAGGGGACAGAGCCAAGGAAUGCAUGAAAUCUUUGCAAUAUAAUGAAGUCUAAAUUUCCUCAUGACACCUCCCAGAAAAAAAUUAUAGAACCCCAAGAAAAGUUUGGAAUCUAUUCCACUUAGCCUUAGUUUGUUAUUAGGAGUUUAGCAGCAGACUUUUUGUGGGGGGAGGAUUUCUAUCAGAAAGCUAAGGACUAGACUACCUGGCUUCUCCUGUAUUGGAAAUCUAAGACAAGGGAGCCCUCAGAAUUUAACCAGAGCAUGAUAUUCUCAGAAGCUCAGCAUUAGAAGGGAUUUUAGCAAUCAUCUGAUUCAAUUUCAUCCCUGACAGAAGCAGAACUUUCCUCUAUAGCAGAGGUGGGGAAUAUAUAAUUCUUGGACCAUAUAAGAUCUGCAAAAUCAUUUGGUCUGGUUCUGCCAAGAUAAGUGCAGGUAGCAACAUAAUUGUGUAUGACCCAUGGAUGAUAUUAUAAAUUAUUAUAUUAUAAUGAUAUUAUAAAUUAUUAUAAAUAUCUAAAUGGCCUUUGGCUGAAAAAAGGUUCUCCAUCCCUGUUCUACAGCAUCCUUAAGAAGUCCAUGAUUGAAUACUUCCAAUGACAAGGAAGUUGCCAAGGGUACCAAGGCAGCCCAUCUCACUGUUAAACUCUAUUUGUUAAACAGUAGUUUUGUAUAUUGAAUCAAAAUUUGUCUCUGCAACUUCCACAUAUUUGUCCUAGUUCUCCUCCUUGGGAUCAAGCAAAAUAAGUUACUUUCUACAUAACAAUCUUUCAGUUAUCUGAAGAUAGAACCAUGUCCCUCUGAAGUCAUCUCUUCCAAGCUAAAGGUUCCCAGUUUCUUGGCCUUUUACCACUCAGGUGAUUUUCUCCUGGACAUGCUCCUCACACCUUCCAAAGUCCCCUGGAUUCAACCAUAGAGUGCCAAAGGAUUACUAUUUGUUAGCAAGGAAGGGGGAUGUUCCACUGUUAUGCUUCUAAAUCUCAGAGCAUGAAUGAAAUAAACCAACAUAUGAGCCAAGACUGGAGAAAGAAUACAUAUAUGUUUCCCUUCCUUCAACCAAGGAUUAAAGUUCUUGUCAUCUUUGUAAGUUUCCUUCUGAAGAGGGAUCUUAAGCAUCCCAGUGCUUCUGAAGAUCAUCCAAGACUUUUGGAGGCUAGUUAAAUCCAUUCCAUUUUGCAACUAUAAUCCUCAGCCCAACCAACUCAGCAAUGGGAAUGAGAGUGGAGAUGAUCAAUACCAAUUUAUCCCUACUCAUGGAAAAACAAUACCUGUGUGUUCCAUCACACAGGAUCACAGAACCUCAAAAUUAGAUCUCAAAGGCCAUCUAACAAAAACCCAUAACCUUUCCAAUAUAACCAGCAAGUGGCCAACCAGCCCUUACUAGAAGACCUCUAGUGAAUGGAGUUACCUCUUAAAGUAUUAAAUCUUUGCAAUUUUUUGGUGGUUGUAAUUGUUCAAAUUUUUUUUGACAUCAAGCCUAAAUCUCUCUCUGCUUCCAGCCAUCUCUCCUUAUUCUGCCCUCCAAGGACCCAGCAAGACAAGUCCAAUCCAACUUCCAUAUGACACUUUCAAAAACUUGAAGAUAAUUGGCAUGUUCAUUCAAAUUUCUUCUCUAGACUAUAAACAUCUCGAGUCAUUCUAUCCUUUCAACAGUUCUCAGAAAACAAAUUCAUAGUCAUCAUCUAUUAUGUAGCACAAUAAUGCAAUACAGGGAAGCAUUUUCCAAAUCAUAUUUUUUUGCAUUGCGAAAAAGGGCUCUGUGAAGUCUUUUCAACUCUGGCAAUAUUUUGCUUUCUAUGAUAUUAAAUAUAAAAAUAUUUUAUUACAAAUGGCAAUUUUCCAGUAAGAAAAUAGGUUUAAUUUACUCCAUUUCACUCCAAAAUAUCCCAGGCUUCCCUUUGUCCCAAGAAUAUUCCAUACUUUAAUAUGUCUCUGAGUCUAGCAUUUACGGAUUCUGUCAAUAUAUUUCAAACCCCAACAUAUUCCAUUGCCAAAUGAUACUUCAGGAAAUGAAAUAAGUGGCCAAAAUAAUAUAAUCUAUAAGGCCCCUUCUAACUCUAAAAUUCAACGAUAAAGACAAAGAUUAUUUUUUUAAAAGAUGACCACUUUAUAUUCAAAUCAGAUUUUGUUAUCCCUUCCCAAAAAAACCCUCAAAAUAACAAGUAGCAUUCUUUCUUGUAAAAUAAAAACCUCUAAUAUUUAUUUGCACAGGCUCCUAUAACCUUUAUCUUAUUUGAUUCUCAAAAUAAUUUACAUAGUUACAUCAAUUUAAGAUAGGAACUAGGACUUAUGAUUUCAAUAGUAUAAAGAACUCCCAGGGGAGAAAACUUAAUCUCUCAAUACAAGUUAUCACCUUCUCUGCAAUUUAUAUUUUUAGAAUCCCGCCUAUAUCUAUGAUUUGUCCAAGUUCACACAGGCAGUCUGUAUCAAAAGCAGGACUCAAAUACAAGUUUGUCUAGUUACAAGGCCAGUUCUUUAUCCUCUAUAUUAUGCUACCUUUCACUUAGCAACUUAAUUAUUUUUUAUACUGCAUUAUAUAUUGUUUAACAACAUUUAAGGCAGAUAAGUGAUGCAGUGGAUAGAGUGCCAGGCCUGAAGUCAGGAAGAUCUGAGUUCAAAACUGUCCUCAGACACUUAUUAGCUGUGUGACUCUAGGCAAGUCACUUGCCCCGAAUUGCCUCAGUUUCUUAAUCUGUAAACUAAACUGAAAAAGGAAAUGGCAAAUCAAUCCUGUAUCUUUGCCAAAAAACUGCAAAUGGAGUCAUGAAAAGUCAGACAUAACCAAAAUAACUCAAUAACAAUAUUCAAUAAUAGAUAGCAUUAACCAUUGCUCAGUAUGUUCAGCUAAGAAACAAUAAGUGACAUUGCUAACUGCCAUCCAUAAAUGUAUUCUUAUUUUAAAAUAAACUAACAAAAGUGAGAGACCCAGCCAUGAAGUGUUGGUUGUUUACAGGCACAAAAGUAGGAGGCAAUACAGUGUGAUAGAAAGAGGACAGGAUUGAAAGUCAAAAGAGCUGGGUUUUAGUCCUUCAGUCUGUCACUAUCUUUCCCAAUCUAGGCCUCAGUUUCCUUUCCUGUAAAAUGAAAUUGGAUGAAAUGAUCUCUCAGGUCCCUUCACUGAUAGCUUUGACAUUUUCUGUUCUAAGGUCCUACAAGUUCCAACAUUCUCUGCUCUAAGGUCCCUUCUGGCUCUGAUAACCCAUGUUUUAAGACCAUUUUGAAGUUUUAUUUAUAAUGAUUCUAUUGCAGCAAAAUACUUUUUCUUGUGGCAACAUCUUGUAGUUCAUACAAAUAGUUUGAUGAAACUCAAAAAAUUCACUUUGCUGAAAUACAGAGACUAAAUGGUUAGUUUUUAAAAUGUGUCAAGAAAAAUGACAUGGUUGGGCACAGCUAGGUGGUGCAGUGAAUAGAGCACCAGCCCUGAAGUCAGGAGGACCUGAGUUCAAAUCUGAUCUCAGACACUUAACACUUCCUGGCUGUGUAACCCUAGGCAAGUCACUUAACCCCAACUGCCUCAGCAAAAAAAAAAAAAAAAAGAAGAAGAAGAAAAAUGACAUGGUAGCUGUUGUAGGUAUUUUGCUAUUUGUGGCAUAAGCAUAGUAUCUAAAAAAAUGACAAAAUCAUUUUUGUCAUUUAGUCAGAGGAUAUAUUCAUGUAGUAGCAAUUUUGUAAACAACAAAGAGUACUUUCCUGCAGAGGAUUAAAUUGGGAAUGAGUCAUCUUGGAAACAUAUUGGAUAUCUGUAAUAAUAUAAAAAAGAUAUCUCACUUAGGAAACUUCCUAAGGGUUCUGAAAAAAGAUUUAUGAACUUUUAACAAGAAGUUGGACUAAAACACUCAAGUAUUCUUUCCAAAUAGCAGAAUUGGAAGUCUAAAGGAAUUGUUCCAACAUUCACCACAGAAUUCACUUUGUAUUUGGGAAGGAAUUUGAAAAGGGAAUCUGUGAAAAGCACACAAGUAGUCUCUUUUAGGAGCAAUGGCUGGAAAGAGGUAACAUUACCCAACAUCUGCUUUAAAAAUUUCUCAAAUGUUGUUACUUCUAGGAGACUGAUGUACAGUGAUAAGUAACCUCAAAAUAAUAAUACUUUAAGAUCUGCAAAGUGCUUCCUAUAUAUUAUUCUUAUUUAAUUCUCCUAAAAAUCUUGUGAUUUGAAAGAUAUUUUUAUCCCCAUUCUACAGAUCAGGAAAAUGGGACUGAGAAUGACUUAAAUGAUUCAGCUGUUGUCUAAUGUAGGAUUUGAACUCAUGUCUUCUUGACUCUUAAGUCUAGUAUUCUAUCCAUUAUAUUACCUAGCUGCCUCAAAAGGGGGAUCAGGAUAAGGUUGUAAAAUAAGUAGUGGUUUCCUAUCCAUAGUGUGGCAUAAGUAAGGAGUAUUCUAAAAAACAACAUG